AUGAAGACUGAGAGGAAUGUGGGUUUGAGUAUGGGCGCUGGGCAGCCCGCUGUGGCCGCGGCAGAGAUCCCCGACCACGCUCUCUACGCGGUUGGAACGUGCGUCCUCGUGAUCGGCACUGUCGGCAUCGUAGGAAACCUCCUCGUCCUCUACGCCUUUUACAGCAACAAGAAGCUGAGGACACCACAGAAUUACUUCAUAAUGAAUUUGGCUGUGAGCGACUUCCUGAUGUCUGCUUCGCAGGCGCCCAUCUGCUUUGUCAACAGCUUGCACAAAGAGUGGAUCCUCGGCGAGAUAGGUUGCGACCUGUACGCUUUCUGCGGGGCGCUCUUCGGGAUAACCUCGAUGAUGACGCUGUUGGCCAUCUCCAUCGAUCGCUACCUUGUGAUCACUAAGCCCCUGCGGUCCAUGCAGUGGACCUCGAAGAGGCGCACCGCGCAGGUCAUCGCCCUCGUCUGGCUUUACUCGCUGGGCUGGAGCGUGGCCCCGCUGCUGGGGUGGAGUUCCUACGUGCCGGAGGGCUUGAUGAUCUCCUGUACGUGGGACUAUGUAACCUACUCCCCUGCAAACAGAAGUUACACCAUGAUUUUAUGUUGCUGUGUGUUUUUUAUUCCCCUGGUAAUAAUAUUCCAUUGCUAUUUAUUUAUGUUCCUGGCCAUAAGAAAUACUGGCAGAGAUGUUCAAAAGCUAGGGUCCUGCAGUCGGAAAUCCUGCCUCUCUCAGUCCAUGAAGAAUGAAUGGAAACUGGCAAAAAUUGCUUUUGUGGUCAUCGUCGUGUUUGUCUUAUCCUGGUCUCCAUAUGCUUGUGUCACUUUGAUUGCCUGGGCAGGCCGCAGCAACAUCUUAACGCCAUAUUCCAAAUCUGUGCCAGCUGUUAUUGCCAAAGCUUCUGCAGUCUACAACCCCAUCAUAUACGCAAUAAUUCACCCAAGAUACAGAAAAACCAUCCACAAUGCUGUACCCUGCCUGCGGUUCCUAAUCCGGUUGUCGAAGAACGAUCUCCUGAGAGGCUCCAUAAAUGAAUCGUCGUCGUUCAGGGCCUCUCUCUGCAGUGACCAGUCUUUUGCUUUCAGGACCAAAAGUACUUGCGUUUCAUCGGUCUCCACUGGAGAAGCUACCUGGAGCGAUGUAGAGCUUAACCCUGUAGAGCCGGCUAAUAAGGAACUACAGCCUCACCGAAGUCACUCUUUUUCAACAAGCGUGAGACAGGAGAAGAGGGACCUGCUCCCAAAGACCCACAGCUGCAACGCAGUAAUUGCAGAAAAGGUUUCACUCUCCGCCAGCUGUUUGGAGAAGGUGGUGGGGCGAUCAGCGCUGCGCAACCCCCCUGAAACGCUUGUGGCCAGUUCUCUAAAAGCAGCUUCUCUGCCUGUUGGUUUGAAUAGCAGCAGUAUCAGCAAAGGAGGAGAUACAGGUGCUUCACAAAUGGAAACUCAAAUUAAUGGAGGCCUGGACUCUAUCAUUAGCAAUACUGUCCCUCGCAUCAUUAUCAUUCCUACCUCUGAGACCAACCUGUUUCAAGAGGAACUGGAAAAUGAAGAGGAGGAGCCUGAAUUAUUCCACUUCAAUGACAAAAAAAGCAAUCUGCUGGAUUUAGAAGGGCUGAGCUCUUCCACAGAGUUCUUCGAAGCUAUUGAGAAAUUUCUAUCAUAG